AUGUACGUUGCUGAUAUUCUCGUGCCUGAGCAAUGCCAUAAGUUGGUUGUGGUUGGCUUUCUCUUUACAUGCCUUGCUACUGUUUUUGUGCUCCUAAGAGUCAUCACCCGAGUUUGGUUUGUGAGGAGUGUUGGUAUUGACGAUGGCUUUAUUGUUCUGUCAAAUCUUGGUACUUUGGGAUUUCUGGUUGCUGUAAUGGAGCAGGUUCGAUAUGGCCUUGGACUACCCCCCGAUCCGAAACGACUCUCGCCAUUCAUCCAAGCGACAACAGCCAGCGUCAUAUCCUAUACGAUAUGCCAUCUCGCCGUCAAGCUAUCGAUCUCGUUUCAAUGUCUGCGCAUUUUCAUAACGCCUACCGCGCGCAAUCUCUUCAUCGGCCUGAUCGUGUUCUUUUCAGUCUAUGGAACGUUGUGUCUGAUGUUGACCAUCUUCACUUGUUACCCCGUGGCAAAGUACUGGGACGACUCGAUACCUGGAAAGUGCCUUGACAACCGAGCGAUGCGAUAUGCUUUUGCGGGGAUCAACAUUAUCAACGACAUUACCCUUUUGGUGGCUCCUAUGCCAUUCUUGAGAAACUUGCAGAUUGCAAGGAGGAUCAAGUUCAUCUUGAUGGGAGUCUUUGCAGCUGGUGGAGUUGCUUGUAUCGUCGCAAUCAUUAGACUGUACUCGCUCUGGGCGUACAGCUCGGUGCCCAUUUCAGAACGGCCAGUCAAAGGCAUCGACAUCGCUAUAUGGUCCGGUCUCGAGUGUAAUAUCGCCAUAAUAUGCGCCUGCGUCCCCUCACUCAAGCCUUUAUUCUCAAGAGUCUUCCCCAGCUUCAUCGCUUCUCUUCACUCGUCCAAAACCCAUCCCACAAACAACCAAUACGCACACGGGGGUUCGCAUUCCUACAAUAACAUCUCGAGCUAUCCUCAUGACCGAAGUCGUUCGCAUCGAGGUGUUGAUACAAAGAUCACAGUGCAACAGUCUUUCGAGAUGAGAGCGACAAUCACUAGUGACGAUAAUGGAAGCGAGAAGGACUUGGUGACUGUGAAUACGUCACAGUACCGUACAAAAAGAUUAUCACACCAGACGCCAGGCUAG